CUAAUCUAAAAUCUUUCCAUGAGCUAUCGUCAAUCAAUGAUUCAAUGCCGAAUUACAUUGUUGAUUACAUUUAUCCUGGAAAUAUCUUUGCAGGAAUUGCUGCAGCUAAUAGCCAAUUUACCUUGUCCAAAUGCAAUUUUAAUUGCAGUGAAUUCCAAGAGAAGUCUAGUGAUCUGCAUAAGAAUUGCUUGGAUCACCAGCACAAAUCUCCAGAUUACCAAAAGAGCAAAAAUACUGAAGGUUCAGAUGUGAAACAGUUAUCGUUAUUCCUGAAGACACCCAACAAAAAUAAGAGUGAACACGAAUCAGAAGAUCUAAGCUCAUGAGGCCAAGCACUGGAAAAUAAAGGUGUCCUAAACACCUCUAAAGAUACUUGUCAUGAGCAUGAUCCAGACACGUUGUUUUCUGAUCCAAGUACUGAUUCUGCCUUGGCUUCAAUUUCUAAAGGCCCAUUAGAACCCACCUCAAAAACCUCAAUUUCCUCUCUAUUCAGCCAGCCAUCUUCGAGCUCUGAGAGGAAAGAUGUAUGCUAUAAGGCUGCUUUGAGGUUAUUCAGAAGGUUUUUCAAGAAGACCUUCAAGGCUUGCAAUCAAGAUAUGUAUAAAAGAAGAUUCAGUAAUUACACCGUUGAUGAUAUUUAUCAAAAAGUUUGUUUGAUGUUAAUGAAACUUGUUCCAGCCGAGUACAUCACCCAAGACCUCGUAUAUUUUACUAUUGGGAUUAUUGGUGCGAAGAAGGCUUCUCAACUGCCAUGCCGCGAUUCGAUUAAGAGUCAAAUCACUACAAUACAAGCAUGAUGUAAAAAUUUCUCGAGAAAAAAGUUCAAUAGAAUAAUGGCCUCCAAGAGUUUAAGAGUCUUGACAAUGAGCUUCACUGAUAAGAUAGAUGAUCCAAGAGUGAGUAUCCUCAGAGAGGAAUUAGAAUAAAUGCAAUUAUUCAGAUCAAGCCACUAAGCUGAAGGUUUUUACUCAUAUUUUGCCUUCUUCAAAUUUUGAAGCAAAAAUUAUCGUUUUAGUUGGCUAAAUAAGAUAAAGCGUACGCAGAACGGUUUCAUAAUAAUUGAUCCUAAAAUUGUCACCCAUACUUCGUAAUUUUGGUUUAUUGGCUUUUCUUGCCCUAAGCAGGCUUCUUUGGGUUAACUUGACCUAGUCUCCAUAAGUUGCUGAGUAUGCAAGAAUCCUGGUUUUCUAAAAUGUGUCAACAGUAAAGAAAACAUAUGAUCCCACCGCGAUGAUAGCUUUAGAUUCUUGGGGAAGCUUCAAACCUACUCUUGCUUAUCCAAUGGCUCUAUUGAUUACUUAUAGCUAUUAUUAACAAGAUAUAAAAGUGUAAUAAAGAUUUCAAUAAGUAUUCACCUGGGUUCUAUUCAGACAUAUAUACUUAAGUCUCCUAAUAAUCUCUGAAUUUUUUAACAUAUUUAAACCGAGAUUUUAAGCCAAAUUUUGAUGCAAAUUAUGGAUGGCAACUUAUGCAUUGACGUUCUAAACUUAACAAAAUGUUAUCAAUCGUUGCUUACGUAUAACUUAAUAAUUCUUAGAUUAUUAAAAUUUUUGUCAAACAUAAAACUUCCUAAUUGAUUUCCUGUUCUUGUCUUCUAGUAAACUGGGAAAUUAGCAGGCAGCUCUGCUAAUAAACUUAAGGACUCUGGAAAUACCUAAAAAUGUAUGCGAGAGCUUGCAGUAUCGUGUUGCGCUUCAUUGAGCAUUAUAUUUACUAAGAGUACCAAUCAGAUAAUUUAGAAUUAAAAGUGACUAAUUGAGAAAUACUUCAAGAGGCCCGAUGAUAGAAAGUAUCCUCAGACCCCUAAGACUUGAAAGAGAUCUGAUGAAGAGGUAUAGUUUAUCAAGAACAAGUCGGAAGACUGAUAGUAAGGGUAUACUACACCAAUUCCCUACUAUCCAUGCUUAUCAAUGGCAUUAAUAGCAGAAUUGGGAAUCUAUGACUUAGUAGCCCAGUCCAAUAUUUCCAAGUUUGCGGCCGGAUUACUAAAACAUUGAACAAAGUUGAUUAUAAAAACUGUUUUCAUAUAUGAAUUUAGAGGGAACUAAGCUCAUCUCUUCAGACAAACUAGUUGGUAUUAUUAUGGCUGAUUUUAAUAUUUUCUGCGCGGUGAGCUACUUAUUUUUCAACAGGAUUUAUUAUUACUUCUAUGAAAAGCUCAUGGGUACUCUCCUUCGAUUAACUUAUAGAAUCUAGGAGUUCUUUGGCAUUUAUAAGCAAGUAAUAACCAUAGAGUAAUUUGAGGGCAACCUCUUUGGAUACCGAUGUUGAAAAACCAUAUUCUCUAGAAAAUACGCCAUAAAUAGAUCUCAUGGAAGAGAAAUGAAGACACAAGACAAAUCUUAUCAAAUAGAUUUAUAUUUUAGAAAUAACUGAUUCAAAAUAAACAGAAGGAGUCUGUUUUAGAAAAUCCAGAGCUUAAGAGAAGAACCAGUUAUUAAAAUCCAACUAAAUAAUU